AUGACUACUGCACCACACAUGCCGGCCAAGGCGCACAGCUCCGAUGAUGUGCACCAUCGACCAAAAGGCAUCCUCAAGAACUCCAGCUCCUUCCAAGGCGUCCCCGCUCCGAUGACAGCCGCCUCCCCGCUCUCCAUUCCAGCCAUCUUUGAACCAGAGGAGACCAAGGAACUCACUAUCCAAAAUACCCUGCAGAAUGCAGGCCGUCGGCGAUCCUCAUCCACCAAUCGCGCAGCCACUAAUUCGCGUCGACAGUCGUUAGCCAGCGCCCAUGACGAAAACGAACCCCGCCUCAAGUGGGAUGAAGCAAACCUGUACCUUACCGAGCAGGAGAAGACGGCGAAGAUGAAAAUUGACGAGCCCAAGACUCCUUACGCCCCGCACUACGACCCCAGCGAAGACGAUGAACAGAUGCGCCUCGACGAUGCAAGUGAAGCCCUAAUCGAUGCGCAGGGCAUUGUCGUCGAUGAACUGGACUCGGCUAAAUCCACUCACCAUCGGAAGGCUGUGUCAGAGGAUGAAAUUCCUGAUUUGGAGCUCGGUGAACCCGAGGAAUCCCUGCAGGACAUUCCUUUCAACGAUGCUCGUGUUUUCCGUGAACGUAGCAUGAGCACGGACUCGCACAAGAGCGAGAAGCAUGUUCAUGUCGGUACGGAGGAUGCAAAUGGUGCCCAUGCGCCUGCUCAUGAUCCUCUCUUGACGACUGAAGAGGCCCGCGCGAAGCACGCUCAUUUCGAGCAGCAGCGCAAGAGGCACUAUGAGAUGAGGAAUAUCAAGGAGCUACUUGCCCACCCUGAGGAUUUGGAUGAGGAAAUGGAAGACAAUGACGGAUCAGAGCCUGGUCCCCCGUCGUCGAUGCCUCAUAUGCCUGAGCGGUUCCGCAAUAACGGACAAUAG